AUGAGUCUUACUCCACUUGAAAAAGCAGCUUCGGGAGCAUUGGCAUCAGCCAUCGCCAACACCUUGAUCUACCCCGUGGAUCUUUCCAAAACUGUCAUUCAAACCCAAGUCCACACUGAAAACAGUCAAGAGUUGAAAUACAAAAACACACUUGACGUGCUUAAACAGAUCUAUGCUAAGAAGGGAAUUUUGGGAUGGUAUCAAGGUCUUUUCGCCACUAUUGUUGGUACAUUCAGCCAAAAUUUCUCAUUCUUUUACUGGUAUUCACUUGUCAAGAAGCUUUAUGCAAAUUUGAAAAAACAUCAACCAAAUCACAAACCAUCUACAUUGACAGAGUUGGCCCUUGGUGCUAUUGCUGCUGCUAUCUCGCAGUGUUUUACGAUGCCAAUUGGAGUGGUGACAACGAUGCACCAGACAGACAAACUCCAUCGUUCAUCAUCCCAGUUGGUCAAGGAUAUAGUGAAACUGGAUGGAGUAAGGGGACUCUGGCGUGGUCUCAAGGUCAGCUUAGUCCUCUGCUCCAAUCCAUCUAUCACUUAUGGAUCCUUUGAAAAAUUGAAGCUGCUCUACAAACCAAUUGGCCAUUUGAGUCCAGGAGAGAGCUUUGUUAUUGGUAUGGUUGCUAAAUCAAUUUCAACGGUCAUCACUCAACCACUUAUUGUUUCAAAAGCGUUGCUUCAACGUGCAAAGAAGCCAAAGGAGCACAAAAAGAACGAGUUUGGAGAAUAUGAGGAUGAAGAAGAAGACAUUAAUUUCGAUCAUUUCACUCACGCUUUGGCUCAUUUGUGGAAAACUGAGAAAUUCAAAGGAUUGUACAAAGGAAUGCGUCCGCAAUUGUUGAAAGGUGUGUUUGUUCAAGGCUUGUUGUUUAUGUUUAAAGAUCAAAUUGAUUUGUUGUUUUUGUUUAUCUUGGCUGCAAUUAAGAGAAAGAGAUUUGCCAAGGCAUAA